AUGGGAUUCGGAGGGUUUGAUGGCGAUUCGGAGGGUUUGACUGCGAUUCGGAGAUUCAAUUCAUUUGAGAACAAACCCGCGUUCUUCACCUCUUCUCCUCUUCUCUUCUGCAAAAUUAAACCGCGAUUCAACAUCGUUGUUGCCUUCGCCGUAGCCAUUGAUGCUGAGAAGGCCAGACAAGUUGUUCAUGAACUUGCUCAGGCUAGAUUAUCUUAUUCUCUUGUUCAAGCAGUAGCACUGCUACGGCAGAGAAACAAUCAAGGAGUGGUUAAUUCUUUGAACGAUUUGUUAGCCUGCGAUAAGGCUGUACCCGCAACCCCCGUUUCAUGGGAGGUGCCUGAGGAACUGGCAGACCUCUUUCUCGUGUACUUGAAAAGCGAUCAGGCGCCUGAGAAAGUAGCAAGAGUACAGUAUCUACUGAACAUCAGCGACUCGACAGCAGAAUCUCUACAAGCUAUGAAAUAUAAGGGAUCAUCAAAUGGAUCAGCUGAGCAGGAGGAGUUUGUAUUUUGA